AUGGCACCGGCCAUGCCUCUCCCAAUCCCACCCCGCACACCCACUCCACCUCCUGACGACGCAGACCAGCCCGUAGGCCUGGGAGUUGCGGGUGCGCCGCACUCUUACAACCCAGAUGCCCUCUCGCCCACCUCCGCGACCUUCCCGUCUCGAGGAUUCGGCUCUCUAGCAGAUCCAACACCCCCGUUGAGCGCGCGGAGCCCCCUCAGUUCCGCCGGCCUCGACUCUCCCUACGGCUUCCUCAGCGAUGUCGUUGACAGCGCAACACCGGUCAGCGGCUCUGAGAAUGGCAGGAACCCGUUCAAUUUCCAGACGCAGCAGUACACGCUUGGUGGGAAGUCUCCCGCGAAAUCAUCCCAAGACGCAGCCCUCGGCCGCCGCCGCGGCCACAAAUACAAACACAGCAGCAUCUCGCACCAAAUCUUCCUCGAGCCCGCUCCACGCCCGCCCCUCCAACUCCCCGCCUCGCUCCCGAUCCCGACCUUCAAAGAGUUCCGGCACUCGAUGACUGCGGACCAAAAAUACCGCGCCCUGUGGUGCUUCGGCCACCUGCUCGUGGCCGGCUACGUGCAAGCCUGCGCGCACGGCUCCAUGGCCAUGACGGCGCUGUCGCACCUCCUCUUCUACGACACCAUCGGCGCCUUCGUGUGCGUGGCCGUGGACGUCGGGGGCAACUUCGAGGUCUGGAAACGGAGCACAAUCAAACACCCCUUUGGGCUGCAGCGCGCCGAGGUGCUGGCGGGGAUGGCGAUGGCCGUCACGCUGCUGUUCAUGGGGCUGGACCUCCUGUCCCAUGGACUGCAGCACGCGCUCGAGAACUCGGGCGGGCAUGAGAGCCAUCACCCGGACUCGGAUACACACCAUGAGCGCAUCUCGCCUGGGGAGGUGGAUGUCGCGGCGCUGGCGGCUAUCGUCUCGACGCUCGUCUCGGCGCUGCUGCUCAAGAACCAUGCGCGUAUGGGGAAGGUGCUGAGGCUUGCGCCGAUCGCGGCACUGCCCUCUGUGUUGAGUAACCCGAGCCAUUUCCUCACGCUCUCGUGCUCGGCGCUGCUGUUAUUGCUGCCGUUGCUGAGCGUGCAGAGCUACGUCUGGCUCGACCGCCUCCUCGCCUUCUCCAUUGCCGCGUGCAUGGUUGGGCUGGGGUGGCGGCUUGGUUGGACGCUGGGGAGGAUGCUCAUGAUGUCGUAUACCUCUCCUUCGUCCUCUGCAUCGGGUGUCGAAGCCGUGCUGGCGGAGCUGCGCGCUGACCCGGCUGUCGCGGAGCUCGAGGAGGCCAAGUUCUGGCAGGUGCACUAUGGGCUGUGCCAGGCGAAUCUGAGGGUCAGGUGUCGUGGCGCGGGAGACGAGGAGGCCGGGCGGCUGAGGGAGAGGAUCGCGAGUUUGGUGCGGAACAGGCUCGGCGGGGCGUAUGGGGGUGGGUUGGGGGUUAGGUGGGAGGUUAGUACGCAGUUGAGUUUGGAGAUGGAGUAG